AUGUGUGGUAUUUCUGCUAGAGGCAAAGAAUCAAAUCAAUCGCCAAAUAAUAUUUUAUCGCCGUUUGGUCACUUAACCGCACUCUUUACAAUGAAUAACCUCGCCCUGGCACAAAUUAAUAUAUUGAGCAAAGUUGACAUGCUGUCUAAUCAAGAAAAACAAAAAUUAGAACAAUAUUUGUGCCCUAUUGUACAUUUUCCAUUACCAUCAGAUGCAAUCCAGGAGCUGCCACAUCCGUGUAACCCUUUUCAAGACUAUGAAGAGGAUGGUGAUCAAAUUUUAUUAGCCCUGAACGGAUUCAAUUAUCAGCAUGAUGUUGGUUUUACGUCGUUGGAUAUUACGGAUCCAGAACGCAUUAUGGCGUUCAUAGAUCAUAUUUAUUGGAGUCUAGGAUGUGAUUAUUAUUAA